UGCGCCGCGGCGGAACAUGAGCUCCGGUGUCUCCAAGCGGACUCACAACCUUCCUGAUGAUCCGAACACUUCCCCGCGUCUAAUGCUGACACAAAGUGCUGCUGUUUGAGGACAGCCUGCCACUGUUUUUUUUUUUUUUUUUUUUUUUGGAUGAGCCAUGCAGUCUCGUUGGCGGAGUUGUGGCAUUCGGCUGGUGACAUGGACCUGGACCUGGAGCGUGGCGUUGUUCGGAACCUGGGGCAUCCCGGCAAAUGAAGUGAACCUGCUGGAUUCUCGCUCUGUGAUGGGAGACCUGGGAUGGGUAGCUUACCCUAAGAAUGGGUGGGAAGAGAUCGGGGAAGUUGACGAAGACUACGCCCCCAUUCACACGUACCAAGUGUGCCGCGUCAUGGAGCAAAACCAGAACAACUGGCUGCACACCAACUGGAUCCUGACSGAAGGUGCCCAGCGAGUAUACAUCGAGCUCAAGUUCACCCUAAGAGACUGUAACAGCCUUCCUGGAGGGGUCGGGACCUGCAAGGAGACUUUUAACAUGUAUUACUACGAAACGGACGGUGAUGAGGAUGAAAUGGAGGAUGGAGGGAUGAGGGAUGGUGUUGGAAUAACGGAGGAGGAAGACCGGGCAAUGAAAGAGAACAGAUACAUUAAAAUUGACACCAUAGCAGCUGAUGAAAGCUUCACUGAGCUGGACCUGGGGGAUCGCGUGAUGAAGCUCAACACUGAAGUUCGCGAUUUAGGACCUCUGACCCGGAAAGGCUUCUACUUGGCGUUCCAGGAUUUAGGGGCCUGCAUUGCUUUAGUCUCRGUGCGGGUAUUCUACAAACGCUGCCCGUUCUUGGUAAAGAGCCUGGCAGAGUUUUCUGACACCAUCCCGGGUUCAGAGGCAUCCCAGCUGGUGGAGGUGGUGGGCCGCUGCAUCAACAACUCUGUGCCUUUGUAUGAGCCGCCGCGGAUGCACUGCAGCACGGAGGGAGAAUGGCUGGUACCCAUUGGAAAGUGUGUUUGCAAGCCAGGAUUUGAGGAAAUCAGUGGAUCUUGUCAAGUGUGCAAAGUGGGCUUUUACCGCUCUCAGCUGGAGUCUUCAGCCUGCAGUAAAUGUCCACCUCACAGUGUGGCCAAGCAGGUGGGAGCCACGAGUUGCAACUGCGAAGAUGGAUACCAUAAGAUCGACUCUGAUCCUCCUAAUAUGGCUUGCACACGCCCUCCCUCUGCACCACGUAAUGCYAUCUCCAAUGUUAAUGAGACCAGUGUCUUUUUGGAGUGGUCUAUCCCCAUGGAGACGGGCGGCAGGAAGGAUGUGCGCUACAACAUCCUGUGCAGACGGGUUUUGCCAGACAGCAGGGGACUGGAGGAGUGUGGCCCGAACGUACGCUUUCUGCCACGGCGAAUUGGCCUGUCAAACACCUCCGUGAUGGUUGCUGACUUGCAGUCGCACACCAACUACAGCUUCCUGCUGGAGGCCGUCAACGGGGUGUCAGAGCUGGCCAAAGACUACGCUAAGCAGUAUGUGACACUUAACGUCACGACCAAUCAGGCAGCACCCUCCCCUGUCAGUGUGGUGAGGAAAGUACACACGGGGAAAAACAGCAUCGCCCUUUCCUGGGCAGAGCCCGAUCGCCCCAACGGCAUUAUUCUGGAGUAUGAGAUAAAGUAUUUUGAGAAGGAGCAGGACUCCAGUUACACCAUAAUAAAAUCCAAGGAAACAGAAAUGGUGGUGGAAGGACUGAAACCCUCAUCUGCCUACAUCUUCCAGGUACGAGCCAGGACGUCAGCGGGUUAUGGUGCAUUUAGCCGACGCUUUGAAUUCCAGACAAGCCCUUACUUAACUGCCACCAGUGAGCGUGCUCAGGCUUCCAUAAUAGCAGUGGCCAUCACCCUGGCUCUGGUUCUACUGGCAGUGGUUGCUGGAUUCCUGCUCAGUGGACGGCGAUGUGGCUACAGCAAAGCAAAACAGGAUCCAGAGGAAGAAAAGAUGCACUUCCACAAUGGUCACAUAAAAUUUCCUGGGGUGAGGACUUACAUUGACCCACUUACCUAUGAGGACCCCAACCAGGCAGUGCAUGAGUUUGCACAAGAGAUUGACGUUUCGUUCAUCUCUAUUGAGAGAAUCAUCGGCGCUGGGGAAUUUGGUGAGGUCUGCUGCGGACCCCUGAGGCUACCUGGGAAAAGGGAGAUCCAAGUUGCCAUUAAGACCUUGAAAGCAGGCUACACAGAGCAGCAGAGACGUGACUUCCUGUGGGAGGCUUCGAUCAUGGGCCAGUUUAACCAUCCAAACAUCAUCCGUCUGGAGGGGGUGGUCACUAAGAGUAAGCCUGUGAUGAUCAUCACUGAAUACAUGGAGAAUGGAUCACUGGACACAUUUCUAAAA